AGACGCGCCAUGCACGGCGCCACGCACACUCGUUCCAAACUCCGCCUACGCAUCCCAGGUUCCCAACCCACCGCAUUGACUCUCGAUCGCGGCGGUUUCUCGCUACUUUACUCCCCACUCGCACCGCUCGCCGUGACGCGUCGACGGAGCCGCCGAGGCCAUGGUGAAGCUGGCGACGGCGAGGGAGGCGCGGCUGUACGGGCCGGCGCUGGCGGUGCGGCGGUGGGAGUACAUCAACGCCGGCGCGUACAUGUUCGGGACCCUGCUCCUGGCCACGGGGCUCGCGGCGCUGUGCGCGUCCGAGGGCGGCGCCGGCGCCAUGGACGCGGGACUCGCCGUGGCCGCCGUGGCGCUGGCGGUGGUGGCGGCCGUGAACGCGCACGACCUGGGCGCGCACCUCGCCGGCGUGGACUGCCGCGUCGGGCUCGCCCGGUUCGACCCCCAGCUCGGCCUCGUCGAGCUCCUCGCGCCCGCGCUCCACGCCGCCGGCUGCGUCCUCGCCAUCGUCGGCCUCGCGCUGCAGCUCUUCUCCCAGGGCGAGAAGCUGGAGAGGCGCGCGGCCGACGCGCUGCUGGCGGGCGCGGGGCUCUGGCUGCUGGGCUCCGUGCUCAGCUCAUGUCAGGUGUACGAGCGCGCUGACGGCCGCGCGCAGCUGCUGCAGUCCAGCGUGCAGGUGCCCGUCCUCCUCGGCAGCCUGCUCUUCCUCGUCGCCGCCGCCCUCCACCGCCGCCGUGAGCCCACCCUGGCAGGCAAGGGCGAAAGCCAGAGCGAGAGCGAGAGGUGGAUUAGCCUGUGCGGGAGCGUGCUGUGGGUGGCGGGUGCACUGUUCAACGUGCUGAAAGUGUUUGUCAUGCACCAGAGCGACGCGCCGCGGCUCGAGAAGCUCCGCGGCGGCGCGCAGGAGCGGCUCGCCCGGGACCGCGAGGGCCGCGUGCCGCUGGUCUGGAGGUCGGCGGCGCCGCCGACCGAGCUGCGCUGACAGUCGUGGAGCCCGAGCCCAAGCCGGCCGCCCUGUUACUUUGUUCCACCAUGACGCUCAAGAUGGUAAUUAAGGAGGCUGGUGCACCAAGGAAUACCAGCGUGGCCGGCGCCGGAACUAUACUCUGGUUCUGUUUGGUGUCUCUUUCUAGCAGAGUAUAGUGUAAGAACUUUUAGUCCCUUUUCGAUGGAAAAAAAUCAGGAGGAGACUCCGUGUUUUAAGAAGAAAAUAUAUUUUAAAAGUGCGGCUAGGUCUUAGUCAA